GUUGGAUGCCCUUCCCUAAGCAAGAGUCAAGGACCGAGUGUACGUGUAUCGGGAAAAAGUGAAUGAAGUAAAUAGUCGUAGAAACAGCUGAUUCGAAACAGCUGAUUCUUGAUUCAGUUGUAGAAACAGCUGAUUCUAGCUUUGCUCUUCUGACGGGUUGGGGCUAGAAAAUCACAAUGAUGCGCUUCCUUUGGUUUAUAACUUUAUUGUGCAUGACUUUUGUGGUCAUCAGCGCAGAAAUACAUCCUAUAGACGUAGAGCCAGUGAUUAAAAAAGAGCAGCCAGAUUUUGAGGAUGACACGGGCAAUGGUUCUGUGUUGCAGGCCGGGAGUGGCCAUGCACCCAACUCCUCUUUGGAUGAAAAUAAGAAAAAUAAAGCAGAUGUUAGCUUUAUGCAUGCAUUUAUUGCUGCACUUAGCAUGAUCAUUGUUACAGAGCUAGGAGAUAAAACUUUCUUCAUAGCUGCAAUUAUGGCAAUGAAUCAUCCAAGGGUUACGGUGUUUGCCGGAGCAAUGAUUGCGUUGACAGCUAUGCACGUUAUGUCGGCUUUGUUUGGGUAUGUUAUUACAUGGAUCCCACGAGUAUACACUUUCUAUGCUUCAAGUGUUCUUUUUGCCAUAUUUGGCUUAAAAAUGUUACGCGAAGGUUGGAAAAUGAAACCAGAGGAAGCACAAGAAGAAUUCGAGGAGGUCCAGAUGGAUCUGAGACGCAGAGAUGAUGAUUUCCAAAAGGAGCCGUUAGAAGAAGGAGGAGCAGGAGUUCGGGGAAGAGGAGGACGUCGCGCAGGGAUCUUCGGGUUGGUGUCGCGCAUUUUCUUGCAGGCUUUCACGCUCACUUUCCUGGCCGAGUGGGGGGAUCGCUCUCAGAUUGCAACGGUGGUUAUGGCAGCUCGAGAGGAUGUAUAUGGUGUUAUUGUUGGUGGCUUGCUGGGACACUUCUUGUGCACCGGCCUUGCAGUCAUAGGUGGACGUAUCAUUGCUACAAAAAUUUCAGUGAGAACAGUUACUAUCAUUGGAGGGAUAACCUUCUUAAUAUUCGCAGUGUCAGCGCUUAUUAUGGGCCCAUGAAAAUAAAAUGCUCAUAUAAAUCCAGAAAUAUUAUAAGGUUGUGGUAAACAUAUUUUUAUAGUUUACUGUAUUCCUUUUUUUUUUUUUAGGAAAAAAGCAAAAAAAAAAAAAAGUUAUAUAUAUAAAUGGAGAAAUUCUGAAACUAAUAACUGACUUUGUACAGUGUAUACCUAUUUAUUUUUAGGGUAACAUAUGACGACUGUAUGUAAAUACCUACUCUGUUACUUCUCAUAGAAGGUAAUGGAAAAUAAAGUAUACCUUAUUAAAUUCUUACUAUUUUAUGAGUUUUGCAGAUACUGUCAUUGUGUUCCUUUUUAAGAAAGGUUUUGAUAAAAAGUGAUUUAUUUAUGUUUUCCAAUCAUACAAAGGUAAGACGGAUUGAUGUAAGGCAUUGUUUGAUCUGGAUUUUAUGAUAUAAUGAUGAAUGUACACAAAUAAUGGCACUCAAUUACCGUACCUCAUUGUUUAUAAAUAAAAAUGAUUUUAAUUUUC